AUGGCACAAGAUCGGUUUGCCCUGCUUGAACACCCAUGCCGACUAUCGCAAAGCGCAUGGCCCAAGAUACAAAGAGUGGCACAUCAUCUGAGAAAUCGAAAAGCUUUUGCUAGGUACUACUGUCCUAGGAUUGUGUCCCUGGGUCCUAUUCACCACGGCGAACCCCAUCUUGAGUUAGGAGAGCAGUACAAGCUUUCUUGGGCAUCAAUGUAUGUGCAAGGUGAUCGAAAUAAGGCCCAACGUCUGCAUGGAAAGAUUGUUGUGAAUAUCAAGGAUGUGAAGCAUCUCUACACUGAUGACGCGGUUCAACACUUCAGCGACGAUGAACUGGCGUGGAUGUUGUUUGUGGAUGGAUGCGCUCUGCUUCAGAUCCAGAAGUAUCCAGACAUAAUGAAUGCAGAACCACUCGAGGCCAAGGCUGAUCAGCUUCUUCUUGUUCGCCAAGACGCGCUCUUGUUAGAGAACCAACUUCCCUUCCGGGUCCUCCAGCUCUUGAGUGAUCUCUCCGACGCCGACCUGAUCGUUGCCAUGGACGACUUCCUUUUUCUCCAUCAUUUUUCAUCAGCAAAGACUCAUCAUCAGCAUAGAAUCGAAGGUGAGCAUUGUGUGGUUGAUGCUGUUCCUCGUUCGUCUAAUCCACUUCCAGUUCAUCUUCUUGAUGAACUACGGCGGGGAGCCUUGCGUGAUAUUCGUCCCUGUAAUACACAGAAACCGAUCAAAGAAGACAGGACCAGGAGGAAUUUGAAAGAGCUGAAAAAAGCGGGGAUUCAAGUGAAAAGAAACAAUAAUUCAAGGUGUCCCCCCAACGUCACUUUCUCUUCUUCCUCUUUCGGUGGAGAACUAAUACUUCCAGACAUAGUAGUGGACGACACAUUCGCUCCGCUAUACCUGAACCUGAUGGCGUACGAGGCGUGCCCAGAUUUUGAGAAUAAGUACGAGAUAAGUUCGUAUGUGGAAUUCCUGAGCUACUUGAUCGACCACGCGGACGAUGUGAAGGAACUGAGGAAGGCGGGCGUUCUGGUCAACUGCCUUGGAAGUGACGAGGAAGUGGCCAGACUGUUUAACGUCAUAACCACUGACUUGGUGCCUGACAUCUCCAUGUACGCGUCUGUUAGAUCUGAAAUAGAAUCGUAUUUCGAAGUUAAGUACAAGAUCUGGCUUGCUCAAGCUUAUCAUGCGUAUUUCAGUAACUCAGGCUCCUUUAUUGCCUUCGUUGCUGCCUGUGCGAUACUUCUUCUUACUUUCCUCCAAACCUGGUUCACCAUUAGUGGCUCUAAAUAG